UUCAACUAGACUACUCGAGUAGGGAAUUGUACGGUACGGUCGUCAAAACGUCACGUUUAGUAGCAAGAAACUUGUUGUUCUGUAAGUUGAGAGGACGAGCGAACAUGGCGGCAAGCGCUGAAGGUCGAGAUGAGCGAGCGAGUCCUGUAGGCAGAGACGACGAUUCCAACGAGCAAGAAGUCAAUCCGUGGUCCGUAAGAGGAGGGGAGAAAGGAAUCGACUACGCAAAAUUGAUUGAGAAAUUUGGCAGUCAGGCAAUCGACAAGGAGCUGUUGGAUAGAAUGGAACGCGUCACAGGACGACAAGUGCAUCAUUUUUUACGUCGACGCAUAUUUUUUUCACACAGAGAUAUGAACGCGGUGCUAGACAACUAUGAAUCUAAAAAGCCAUUUUAUCUAUACACUGGGCGCGGUCCGUCAUCUGAGGCUAUGCAUCUCGGUCAUCUCAUUCCAUUUCUCUUUACAAAACACGUGCAAGAAUUGUUCGACAUUCCACUUGUGAUCCAGUUGACUGAUGACGAAAAGUUCUUGUGGAAAGACAUCACAUUGGAAGAGUCGUAUCGUCUAGCAUACGAAAAUGCAAAAGACAUCAUUGCUUGUGGAUUCGAUGUCGACAAAACGUUUAUUUUUACUGAUCUCGAUUAUGUCUCGUGUGAACCUAUGUUCUAUCGAAAUAUAUUGAAAGUGAGAAAGUGCGUCACGUUUAACCAGGUGAAGGGAAUCUUUGGAUUUACGGAAAGUGAUUCGACUGGAAAGAUUGCAUUUCCUGCUGUGCAGGCAGUGCCAGCGUUCAGCAAUUCCUUCCCAAAGAUAUUUGGUGAUCGGACAGAUAUAUUUUGUCUUAUUCCUUGUGCAAUUGACCAAGAUCCUUAUUUUCGUAUGACACGUGACGUCGCCCCUCGUCUAGGCUAUCUCAAGCCAGCGUUGAUACAUUCAACAUUCUUUCCAGCAUUACAAGGCCCCAAAAGCAAAAUGAGUGCGAGCGACCCGACCUCAUCAAUCUUUCUUACAGACUCACCAGCUCAAAUCAAGAAAAAAAUCAACAAGUAUGCAUUCUCUGGUGGUCGAGAUACUGUGGAAGAGCACAGACAACACGGUGGAGACACAGCGAUCGACGUGUCGUAUCAAUAUUUGUCAUUCUUUCUGGACGACGAUGAGAAACUAGCACACAUUAAAGAGGAUUAUGAGAGUGGUCGAAUGUUGACUGGUGAACUCAAGAAGGUGCUGAUUGAUGUUUUGACAAAACUCGUUGAUGGACAUCGAGAACGUAGGAAGGCAGUCACCGAUGACGUGGUACGUCAGUUUAUGACUCCUCGACCGCUUAACUUUGACAAGUCUUGCAAGUAGAGUAUGGUUGAGGAUAGAAAAGAGUUUGGUUAAUAUAUAUGAGUUGGAAAACGAUAAGUGUUAAUGGGUUUUCGGAUUUAGAGAAAUCAGGGAUGCAUUUACUUUCAUUCGUCGUUACCACUAGCAACC